GGGCGCACGACGUUAGUUUGAUAUAUGGAAAUGGGAAAAUGGUGCCCCACAACUGAUUUGUGUUAUGAGAACAAAAGUUUAGCGUGAAAUGUACGUUUUUUUAUCGAUCGUAUUAAGGAGGUCUAUAAAAAAAUUGUCGACAAUGUGCAAUAUUACGUAAAUGUAGUGAAUACGUGGUCCCUUUCAUAGUUUAUUUUUGUGUUCUUCGUUUUUCUCAUCAUUUUUAAACGCAGCAACAAUGGCGGUGUGUGCGAUUUUAAGUUUCCCUUAACUCCCUCGGUCCACCUCCUCCUCCUCCGUGCCGCAGGUCCAAAUAUGAAUGCAACAAAUGCCGGUGAUCAGAUCUAUGAUUUCGAAUCGGAGGAGAACUCGCCGAAGUGGAAGGGAGUACUUAUAACGGCCCUUAAAAGAGUGCUGGAGCAGGUACAUCCGUCGUUAGACGCACGCGAAGAUGCCUUGGAUUACGUGGAGAGCCUCUGCCUGCGGCUGCUCGCCAUGCUAUGCGCGAAACCCAGUCCGCAUACGGUUCAGGACGUCGAGUAUCGGGUGCAGAGCACGUUUCCGACGCCGAUCGACAAGUGGGCCCUCAAAGAGGCACAGGAGGCUUUGGAACGCGGCAAGAAGAAAUCCGUACUGCCCGUCGAUAAAAUACACAAUCUCCUUCAGAAAGAGCUGCUGUUGUACAAGGUAGAUUCCGCCGUCUCCCUGUUUCUGGUGGCGGUCUUGGAGUACAUCUCGGCCGACAUACUCAAAUUGGCGGGUAACUACGUUAAGCACUUUAAGCACGUCGAGAUAACCUUUCAGGAUGUGCAAAUUUCGAUGAACGCCGACAAGGCAUUAAUGGACAUGUUCUACCAGGACGAGGGCGGGGGGCCGAAUACGCUCUCCGACUCGCCGGUCGUCACGUCGCAGGCGCCUCGCAAUAGCCUCACCUACGAGGAGAUCGUACGCGAACUGAUGGCCUCCGAACGCCAAUAUCUGCGAGAGCUGCACAUGCUGAUUAAGGUUUUCAGGGAGGAAAUAAUCAAACUGAACGCCGAUCAGAGGGAGUUGGACGCGAUCUUCUCCAACAUCGUCGAUAUCUACGAGCUGACCGUAACGUUAUUGGGAAGCUUGGAGGACGUGAUGGAAAUGGCGCAGGAACAAAUGCCCUACAUCGGCAGCUGUUUUGAAGAAUUGGCCGAAGCCGCCGAGUUUGACGUUUACAGCAAGUACGCGCACGAUGUCACGUCGCCAACGUGUCGCGACACGCUGCACAACUUGCUCUCGCGGCCGCAGGUGAACAGCGCUCUAGUCACAGCCGGGCAGGGCAUGCCGCUCGCCCUAAAAUAUUACCUACCCGCCCUUCUGACUGGUCCAAUUCGUCACUGUUUCUCCUACCUAGACUACAUUAAGGUGCUACGAGGGUUAUCGGAAUCUCCGGAGGAUCGGGAAACGUUGACGCAGGUCGAGGGACUGCUGACCCCGUUACAAUUAGAGCUCGGCCAGUGCGUUUCGUUUCAGUCGCUGCAACGUUCGAGCGUCGUGUCGAACUACGGGACGAGGUCGCGCCGUCAAACCGCCUUAGACAAAAUACACGAGCUUCAGCGAAUAGUCGAAAAUUGGGACGCGAAGGAUACGGGGCAGUGUUGCAAUGAGUUCGUCCGAGAGGACAUUCUCAUGAAGGUCAGUUCGGGGAAGCGCCUGACCGAGAGGCGGGGGUUUCUCUUCGACGGAUUAAUGAUCUUGUGCAAGCCGAACUCGCGACGUCAAAGCUCGGUGCACCAGAGCCAUCCCGAGUGUCGCAUUAAGGAGCGCUUCUUCAUACGCAAGGUCGAAAUAGUCGAUCACGUCGACACCGACGAGAUGCGGAACGCGUUCGAGAUCUCGCCCCGCAUUCAGCCGGCGGUUACGUUGUGCACGAAGAACUCCGAGGAGAAGAACGUCUGGAUGGCCGAUCUGGUGAUGAUCAACACGCGCGCGAUGCUCGAUCGAAUUUUGGACAGCAUACUGCUGGACAUGGAGCGAAAGCAUCCGCUUCGGCUGCCCUCGCCCGAGAUAUACAAGUUUGCCGAGCCCGACUCGAAGGACAACAUCAUCUUGGAACAGCGCGAGAACGGCGGCGUGCCUUUAAUCAAGGGGGCGACCCUGUACAAACUAGUCGAACGAUUAACCUACCACAUUUACGCCGAUCCCAAGUUCGUCCGGACGUUUCUGACGACGUAUCGGAGCUUCUGCGCGCCCUCCGAACUGCUGGACCUGCUAAUCGAGAGGUUCAACAUACCGGACCCGUCGUUGGUUUACGAAAUGGACUGCUCCGACACGGACAAGAUGCAGAAGAACUCGCAGCGCGAGGAUUGGAAGCGCUAUCGGAAGGAGUACUGUCAACCCGUACAGUUUAGGGUGUUAAACGUUCUACGCCACUGGGUCGACCAUCACUUCUACGAUUUCGAAAGGGAUCCGUCACUUUUGGAGAAGCUGCAUACUUUUUUAGAGUCCGUUACGGGUAAAAGUAUGCGAAAGUGGGUCGACAGCGUUUUGAAAAUUUUACAAAGAAAGACUGAACCCGAUUUACAAAGGCACAUAAAGUUCGCGUUCGACGAGCCUCCGCCGCCGAUCGAAUGGCACCAUUCGGUAACCGAGGAGGACUACGGAAUUCUGACACUGCAUCCCGUCGAAAUCGCGCGGCAGCUAACGCUAUUGGAAUUCGAGAUCUACCGAACGAUAAAGCCGAGCGAACUGGUCGGCUCGGUUUGGACGAAGAAAGACAAGGAGAUCACCAGUCCGAACCUGUUGCGCAUGAUGAAGCACACGACGAUCGUGACGCGCUGGUUGGAGAAGAAUAUCGUCGAGGCCGAGAACUUCGAGGAGCGCACGGCGAUACUUAGUCGGAUCGUCGAGAUCAUGACCGUAUUGCAGGAGUUGAACAAUUUCAACGCGGUGCUGGCGUUCGUUUCGGCUUUGGGAUCGGCGUCCGUUCAUAGACUGAAAUUUACAUUUAAUAGUUUACCUCAGAAUCUGAAAAAAAUAUUGGAGGAGUGGCGAACGGACGAUCACUUAAAACGUUACCAGGAAAAGUUGAGAUCGAUCAAUCCCCCUUGCGUCCCCUUUUUAGGCAUGUAUCUAACCAACAUUUUGCAUUUAGAAGAAGGCAAUCCGGAUUUUUUACCCAACACCCAGUUGAUCAACUUCUUCAAGCGUCGAAAAGUCGCCGAUAUCACGGGGGAAAUCCAGCAGUACCAAAACCAGCCGUACUGCUACAACGUCGAGCCAAAAAUUAAGAUGUUCUUGGAGACGUUGAGCCCUUUCGGCGACAUGACCGAUACCGAUAUCAGCAAUUAUUUGUAUAGUAAGUCGAUCGAAAUAGAGCCACGGGGUUGUAAGCAAGUUCCUAAGUUCGGACGGAAAUGGCCGGGGUUGAGCCUGCGCAGUCCGGGCACGAAGACAAAGUCCUCGCGCCAGGUGCCGCCUUCGUCCAUCGCGCAUAAUCAACAGAUACUGAAGUCUGAGGCUAAGGAGGACAAUUCGAAGACGGAGGAUUUCAGCGUCUUUGCGCAGGUGCAAUUCCAAGGCGGCGGGCAAAACAGCCCAACGCUGAGCCCGGUUUCACCGGCGGCACAACCGUUCAUAGGUUGGUUUCCGCCGACACACAGUCGUAGUCCUAGCGUUAGUUCGAUAAUGUCCACCGCAUCCGUAAAAACGGUACCGGUCAUGAUGUCUAAACAGGACGGAAUAAUUUCACAUCAUUCGCAGAAAUUCGUGCCUCAACCGGGAAGUCCGGGCCCUCACAGUCCCGCGUCUCCGGGACCCCACACGUCCCUCUCCGACUCGACGAGUCCCCGUUUGCCCUCCACGCCGCCGCCGCUUCCUCCUCGCCGACGACGCGACAGCGUCGAAAUCAACUCGCCGCAAGCCAAACCGGUCCCUCUCCUGCCGCCCCGCGAUAGCUCCCCUCCGCCCCUGCCGCCGCGCAGAGAACCGGGACCGUCGCCGAACGCCCACCACAACAGCCUUCCCGCCUCCUUCACCCCGCCGACCUUCUCCGGCACCUUACCCCGCCUCAAUCCCACCCACUUCUCGCAAUUGCACAUUCGAAGGCACACCACCCUGCACCCCCAUCUACCUCCUCGAACCAUUUCGCACACAAACGGAUCAAAUGCUUCGAACCAACCCCCCAGUAUUUCUCCACGUUCUAUCAGCGACUCAUCGGGGCAAACGACUCCGAAACUACCGCCGAAGCCGGCGAUCAAAUCGGCCGGCCUACCCUGCGGUACAAUGUUUCAAUAUCCGAGCACAACGUCGACGUAAUCCACCAGUAUUAUCUUAACAGCGGGAGGUGAUCUCUAACAUUGUUGUAAAUAUGUACAUUGUACAUUUCUUCGUAAGCUAGCGUAAUGUAGUGUUGCCAAACUUAUGAGAGAACAAAAAUAUAUCUUGUUUUAUAUGUCUAAAGAAAAAAAAAAUUGAGCAUUAUAUGUUGAUGUACAACGCGAGGUGCGUAUAAUCAACCGCUAAAAAGGAAUUGUUAGUGUAGCUAAUUUUUUUGUAUGUAUAUUGUUUUUAGUUUCGCUACAUCCUUCGUAUUAUGAUUUUUCGAUCAAUGAAAAAUUGGAACGAUGAAGCGUUUGUUUUUAAUUGAUAUAAUUUGAAAUCUGUGAUAGUAGCAUGGACCAUUAUUUGUAAAAAAUCAAGAAAUGUAAUAUGUCAAAAUAAGACCAAUAAAUGUAUGGAUGUGUCUCUAAA